AUGAUGAUCAAAACUUUCGGACUUGUUUUAUUUUUCUCAUUGUCUCAAUCCAAAAACCGUUUUAUGCCAAACUUGCCUUUGGGAGAAUAUUGUUUGGUUAUUGACAAAGUAUAUCGGUGUGAAUCAAGAACAAACCAUACAAUUCAAUUUAAUGUCUAUUCUAGUAAGAAAACAUCAAAUAUAACUGAAAUGAAAGGGAAUAUAACAUUUUUGAUACCAUUCGACGUUAAUCUCACUGUUGAUAUAAACUUUUCAUCUUGGGGUUCAACUGGUGGUUGGAUACCAAAUUAUUACAUUCUCAUAAGAAAAAAGGCAUGCAGUAGCUUAAGAAAUCUUUAUGGAAAUGCAUGGUUUAAAUAUAUCAAUGCUUUUAACGUCCCAACUGAUAGAUGUCCAACACCAGUGGGCACAUAUAUUACAUCAGGGUAUGAUUUGACGAAAUUCGAAGAUAACAAUUUGCCCAAAGUAUUUUUUUAUGGAAAAUAUAAAGUGGUGUUUCACUUUAAAAAUGUGGAGAAUAAAGUAGUUGGUUGCAUGGUUGCAGAAUUAAAUUUUAUACGACCAUGGGAAACACCAAUUUAAUAAAAUUAAUACAAACUAAUAAUAUCUACUUGUUGUUGACGUGUUAUAAAAAAUAAAGGAUAGGAGUACUAUAUUAUAAUAUCUUAACUGUAUACAAAUAUCGUUAAAAUCUGCU